CAAAAUUCUUUAACCUUUUUUUCUAGAAAAACUUUUAAACAUAUCUAAAAAUGCCAACUGCAAUGUGUUUAUUAAAAGGUCCAGUAGUUAGUGGCUGGGUUAAAUUUUAUCAAGAAUGUGAAAGUAGACCUGUAGCUAUAGAAUAUGAAAUUACUGGUUUAUCAUCAGGCAAACACGGUUUCCACAUUCAUACUUUUGGUGAUACAAGUAAUGGAUGUAUAUCUGCAGGUCCACAUUAUAAUCCAUUUGGAAAGACACAUGGUGGAAGUAACGAUAUUAAUCGUCAUGUUGGUGAUUUAGGAAAUAUUAUUGCAACUGGGGGUACAUGCAAAGGAACAUUUACAGAUAAUGUAAUUUCUCUUCUUAAUUGUCAGUAUAGUAUCGUUGGUCGUACUGUAGUUGUUCAUGCUGAUGAAGAUGAUUUGGGUAAAGGAGGUCACGAAGAUAGUUUAACUACCGGACAUGCCGGUGCACGUAUUGCAUGCGGUGUAAUUGGUUGGAUAAACUAAAAUCUUUUGAUUUUAUUAUUUUUUGUAAUAAUUUAAAUAAAAAAAUAAUGAUAUAGAAUAAAUAAAUAAAUAGUUUAUUAUUUAAUUUU